CAGUUCUCUAGGUAGAUGAGAUGGCUGCUCCUGAGAAAGAUCCAGAGCUGAGGCUGCUGCAGAAGAAUCCACUGGACCCCAACAGCUGUCAGAAGAGCAGGUUUUUGGAGACUGAGUGGAAGACAGCGAUGCUGGCUGUGAAGUCCCAGGGCCACCUGAGCCGCUGCCCCAGCGUGGCCGAGAGUGGGGAUGGGGGCAUCGGCACCUCCUGCUCGGACAGCACCGAAGACUUCUGCAAUUCCAGUAGCAGUUCCUCAUUCCAUCCCAUCAAAACCCAGGUGACCAUUCCAACAGCCCACGUUAUGCCUUCCACGCUGGGAGCCUCUCCCUCCAAGCUGUGCCCUGCAGGGGAGCAGGGCUCUGCAAAGCCUGCCGUGCCAGCCUCUGCCCCUGAGCGCCCAGGGCUCACCAGGAACGGGGAUUUCAGCACUGGGAAGUCCUCCCAGGUGCCCCCCAGGGACCUCCUGCACCUCUGCAGGGCUCCAGGGCAGAACUCCUGUGAGCACUCCUGGCCUCCUGCUGCUGAUCACAGGACAGAAGACGCCUGGAAGUUUGACACCCCUGCCAUCGAGCAGACCCUGAACCAGUCUCUGUUUCUGGACAGUCUGUGCACUGACCCUCUGCACAGGUGCCAGAAGUUCACCCCAAGCUCUGAGGCAGGGAAGGAGCAUUACAAGGUGCUGCCAGAGAGCAAACAGGGGGUCAACGGAGCCAGCGAGCCCCGGGAUGGGACGUGGCCCAGGGGGAGCAGGCUGAUGCCAGCAGGACUCCAGGCCAACAAUUUCUAUUCCAAACCUGUAGUAGCUCCCCCAGCCCAAAUGUGGAUGCAGGAAGGCUGCACACUGCACCCCCACCAGGGAGUCUGUGAGCUCAGUGCCUGGAAACAGCAGCUGGACAAAGUGAGGCUGCAGGUGGAGCAGAUGCAGUUACAAAAUGGAGGCACCUGCCCCCAUUCCUCCAUGUACUCCCCAUCCCUGCCUGCACCUGACCCAGCUCAGUGGAUCAAUAUCCUGAACUCCAAUGAAAACCUGCUCAAGGAGAAAGAGCUCCUCAUUGACAGACAAAGGCAGUACAUUUCCCAGCUGGAGCAGAAGGUCCGGGAGAGUGAGCUGCAGGUUCACAGUGCCCUGCUGGGCUGCCCAGCCUCCUAUGGAGACGUCUGCAUGCUGAGGAUGCAGGAGCUGCAGCAGGAGAACACGUUCCUGCGAGCACAGUUCACAGAGAAGACCGAGUGCCUCAGUAAUGAGAAGGUGGAGCUGGAGAGGAAGCUGGCUGCUGCAGAGGUGGAUGUGAAGCUGCUCCGAGAGUCUCUGAAGGAAACAGUGCAGAAACAUGCAGAGGAGCUAAAGAAACAGGAGGAAAGGGUAAAGGGAAGAGACAAACACAUUAAUAACCUUAAAAAGAAAUGCCAGAAGGAAUCUGAACAAAACAAAGAGAGACAGCAGAGAAUUGAGACCUUGGAACGAUACCUGGCUGAUCUUCCAACCCUUGAGGACCACCAGAAACAGAGUCAGAAGCUGAAGGAAUCUGAUCUGAAGGCUACUGCCCUGCAGGAAACAGUGCUGGCACUGGAAACAGAGCUUGGAGAUGUCCAGGCUGCUUUCAGGGAGCAAGAGCUGCAGCUUGAAACCCAAAAACACAAGGAGAUGGAGCUUCAGUCCACUGUGCACAGCUUGCAGGACAAGUUACAGCAGUAUGCAAAGAAUGCAAAGAGAGGACCCCUUGCCCAGGAUGGGGAGAGGCAGAACAUGGAACAUGACUCUCUGAAGAAGGAGUUUGACUGUCUCAAGAAGAUUGUGGACAAAAGGCAGAAGAAGAUGGAGCAGUUAUCCUUGCUAAUCAAGAACCUGGAGGAACGGGUGGCCCAGGAGGAGGGGACAAGCCAAGCUCUGAAAGAGGAGGGGAUGAGAAGGGAAACUGCUCUCCGGGCUGCUGUGAAAGAGCUGUCCCUGCAGAACCAGGACCUGAUUGAGAAGAACCUGACACUGCAGGAGCAGCUGCAGCAGGCCCAGCUGACAGCCCAGCCCCUGCCUGCUGGCACAGCCCACCUGGCCCAGGAGCUGCACGGGGAGCUGGCCAGCUGCCUGCAGGAUUUACAGUCUGUCUACAGCAUCGUCACCCAGAGGGCUCAGGGCAAGGACCCCAACCUCUCUCUGCUCCUGGGCAUUCACUCUGUGCAGUACCCUGUGAAGGAGAAGGAUGACCUGCUGAGCCCUGAUGGACUGGCCAAGAAACUGGUGGAGGUAAAGCAGCUUCACAAAGAGGUGGAAGAGUUGAGGACUGCAAUAUCUGACAGAUACGCUCAGGACAUGGGAGACAACUGCAUCACCCAGUAAAGAACACUCCCAAAGUAAGACAGGGAAUGAAGACUUGAAACUCUCAGGAGUCUUGUGCUCCUACAACCCUAAAUCUAUUCAGCACUUUAUCACCCCUCUGCUCGGGUACAGGAUGUGAGAUUUAUCUGCUCUGGGAGGAAUCAGGGGGUUUGUUGCCAGAAGUGUUCAGCUGCUGACUGGCUGACUGGGAUAAUUCAGGGCUUUGGUGUCAGCCUUUGCAGUAGCUUUGAUCUUGUGGAAUGUAUUUUAUGCUGUGUUUGCUGGAGCUGCUGUGGUCUCUGGUGCAGGGAGAUGAAUUCUGCCUUGCCUUCCAGGCAUGUCAAAUGCUGAACAUGCAAAUGUGGCAGUUAAAAUCACAGCUAAAAGGAAAUGUAUGCCCUGGUCUCGCUGAUAACCUUCCUGUGCAGGUCCUAUGUGACCAGUGGGACCAGAGGGUUAUCAGGGUGUUUGUGGGAUAUCUGGAUUCCACAAGGCAGGCAGGUGUGCCAGUUAGACUGCUGGCAUUUACACUGAGGUGCUGCUGCCUUGGAUUGAUGGAGCUGCUUUCCUCAGGUAAAUGCAACCAGUGUCUUUCAGCAGCCAGCAGGAGUUGAGGAAUAAAGCAACAUUAAAAGACUCUGGAAACUCCCCCUGGGCACUUUUACUCCAGAAGCCUUAAGCCUUUUGUCCCCUGAAGUAGCACUGGGAGUGGGCUGUGAUUCAGACUGCAGAGGACAUGGAUUGAUGCAGAAGUGCCUUAAUGAGCUGCAAGAACCCUCUGCUCCCUGCCUAAUGCAUCCACUGGCAGGUGAGGAGCUGCUCUUCCCUCUCACAGCCUUUUAGAGCCAUCACAAACAAUCCGGGGAGCCCCAAGUGUCUGUGGCCACUCCCGGAGCCUCUGUGCCCAUGGGGACACACCUCUGCUUUACUGGGACAAAGCCACACUGGUCCUGCUGUGGAGGGGGUGGCACAGGGAGCUCUUCCUGCAAGGCAGUGGCCACUUGGGCUUUGUCACAGCCCUGUCCCUCCUUCUCCGCUCCUCUGCAAGUAAUGGGAUUUCUAAAUGAGUCAGUGUGGGAUCAGUUUCACUGUACCACAGCCCUCCCUAACCCCAGUGACACCUUUACAGUACUGAGUCCGAGGGUGCAACUUUGGUUUUCAUCUUGAGUUAAGAGCAAGAUGCCAAGUUAUGACAGGGAAAAAUCCUGCUGACAGUUGUGUUGUUUGGCCGUUCUUGGUUCUUGUUGGGGCUGAGAGCCCUGGGUUUGGCAGAAAUGCUUUUGUUAUUCCUUUGUGUUAACAAUUUAAGACCAAAUCUGUUUUGUUCUUGGUGUUUGGCCACCAUGGGGGGACGGUGGCAAGGAAUGGUUGGUUUGUACUGCACAGGGAGCACGCAGCAGUGUGUGCCUGGCAGUGUCUGUCUGUCUGUCCUACUCUCCCCCUGGGUGUUCUGUUCCUGGCUGUGUUUGUCCCCAGGCUGCUGGUGCUGUGUACUGAGUAAAAACACAUUUUCAGGGGUGUUUUUGAAGCAGUUUGUUCUGACUGUCGGGAGCUCUGUUGGCUCCUGCAGGUUCUUAGGGCACCAUCUCCUUCUCCCCUUUGCUUUGGGGGUUCAAGAUUUCAUUCAUGGGUGCUGUGGGGGGACAGGUUUGCCCUCUGGCCCUGCAGAGAUGAUUCUGAGAUGAGUUUAUUGUGGCUGAAACCACCAGCUGGGCUGCCCAGGUCCCAUGUCCCCUCCAUGGGCACAUGUGCUCUGCUCAUCCUCCUGCACAGCUGAGCCCCUCUGGCCCAGAGGGUGAUGCCAUGUGCUGUUUGCUGCUGCUGCAGGGCAAAUCUUGGGCCCUUUGCUACAGAACACGCCAGGCCAGAGGGACAGGACAGUGUCCCCCCUGUCCCCCCUCCUCGUGCCGCAUGUUCCCCUCGGUGUACCCCCCGUUGUGCCCGCUCCCGUUGGGCUCAGUGUCUUUGUACCAGCAAAGCCUCACCGCUUGUUUGUACCGAGUGUUUGGAGUAUCAAAUAAAGCUGCUCUGACCCACUCGUGCGAGGCCGUGCUGGGCGGGCAGGGACGCGAGCGCUGCGAGCCGUGCCCGCUGCGAGCGGUGCCGGUGCCCGGUGGCUCCCGGUGCCCCGGGGCUGCUGUGGUGCCUCCCCGGUGCCGCUGUCGGUGGCUCCCGGUGCCCGGGGGCUGC